UUAUACUCCAUUGAUGGAAGCAGCUAGAGAAGGUCAUGAUGAUGUAGUUCAGUUGCUUGUUGAACAAGGUGCUAAUGUUAAUACCCAGACUGAGGAGACCCAGGAGACAGCUCUUACCCUGUCUUGUUGUGGAGGGUUCUUAGACAUCACUCAGUAUCUUGUAGAUCAUGGUGCUAAUAUUGAGCUAGGAGCCUCCACCCCUUUAAUGGAGGCGUGUCAAGAAGGACACAUUGAUAUUGUGAAGUACCUUAUUAGGAAGAACGCUAACAUUCAAGCUGUGACCAACACUGGGGACAGUCCAUUAACUUAUGCAGCUGCUAACGGACACACAGGGAUAGUCGAUCUACUCAUUUCCUGUGGAGCUAACGUGGAGCAUGAGUCUGAAGGUGGGAGGACUCCACUGAUGAAAGCAGUUAGAGCUGGACACUUGGAAACAGCUCA